AGUGAUGUUUACCCUGCUAGAAGUCACUUUCUUCAAUGACAGCCUUGCCCAGUUCCAGUCUUUAAAGCCUUGGUGGGAUGUUCUGAUGGACUAUUUGGUACUAGCAAUGCUGAUGAUUUCUCUUCUCUCAGGGACUCUAUUAAUCUCUGUUGAUAAAAUGACUUGCCUUCCUCUGAAUAAUAAGCUAAAUGAGACUUCAGCAGUUGUAUCCAAGCUUCGAGAUGUGGAUCAAAUCAUCAGUGAAGACCUUCCUGUGGCAAACAGUCAUCGCUCAAUCAAGCUGGACUACCAACAGUAUCUAUACAUCAGCUAUAUCUGUUAUCAGAAAGUUCUGCCCUGGUUUUUGAAGUAUUUCCCUUACUUUGCACUUGUCAAUUCACUGUUCUUAAUGGCAAGCAACAACUUCUGGUUCCGAUAUCCUAAGACUUCAUCAAAGAUUGAACACUUUUUGUCCAUUCUGAUAAAAUGUUUUGAGUCACCUUGGACCAUCAAGGCUCUCUCUGAAAUAGGUUGCCAGAACUUCCUAGGUACGCGCACAAAUAAUGUUAAGAUGGGGUAUCUAGGACAAUUCAAGUCUCCUUCCCCAUCUCCCAUCCUAGAUUCAAAAGAUCGGGAACUUGGCCAGGCCCUUUUUGAGAAGAUCCGUAGAUUCAGGGCACACACUGAAGGUGGCAGGAUGAUUUAUAGAAUCUAUUUGGGACAAACCAUCUUCAAAACUGCAAAGGUUCUAACUGUGCUAGGUUAUACUUUCAACUGUGUAGGAUCCAUUUCCUUCAAGCAUCUUUGCCUGGCCGACGUACAAAACGUCAUUGGCUACUCUUCAUUCAUCUGUACCCAUAGCCUGGCUUUCAUUCUGCAGAAAUUGAUAGCUACUUAUAUUUUUUUAGUAUUCCUGUAUGGAAUUGUGGGGGUUUAUUCAUUCCUAUGGCUUUUGUGGCAACCACUGCAGAAAUAUUCUUUUAAGCAAGCACAUGAAGACUGUCGUGUCUUUGAUAUCCCAGAUGGACAGAAUGAUUUUGCUUUUUUGCUACACAUGGCUGACCAGUGUAAUCAACUCUAUUCAUGGCGGCUUGCUAAUUUCUUGUCAGCCAUGCACAAGAAUGACAUGCUGGAUGCAGUCUCCAGUGGUAAAUUGGGAACAAAAGAUAAGGCUGGUUCCCAGUAUCCUCCCCUAUCAUCAAAAUAAAACAGAUAUUCUUGUAUGUAAGUGAAUAAGCAUUCUAUUUUACUCCUUGCUAAACGUUAUGCCUUACAAGAAGAGAAAGUUAUUUUGGAAGCAAGUCAUAUGAUAAUAUACCUAGAAUGAAACAUUUAUCCUAAGAGAAAAUAAGUUUAAAAAUUGGUAAGUAGAUAAAUCACCAGGUCGUACAUUGACUAUAGUGGGCUUCGAGUAUAAAAUAAAAGACCUGGUCUGACAGUGGUUAACUUAUGGCCAAGUCCCUCAGCUUAAAAAAAAAAAGAUAUCAGUGCUUCUUAUUUUACAAACAAAAAAGGGAGCAUCUUCCAUAAAUUGAGAACAGGAAAUGGAAGAGGAGGAAGUAGAGGAAUGCCAAUCCUGCUCUUCCAUAGGCAAUAAGUGAAGAGAAACACACUGAACAAAAUUCAGGCUAAAUCUACAGCACAUUUCAUUGCAACCAAUACUGUUACAGAAACUGGAUGGACUACAACAAAAGGGUCAAUUUCUCUGACUAAAAAACCAACAUUGGAAAAGCAUUUUCCCCCCUUUCCUUUUAAGCAUUCGAGAUUUGUCAGUAAAAUGAAGAACAAGUGAUAAAUAUAUAUCAGAGGAAUUUAAAUGAAUAACUCUUACCAUAGGAUCUGAUUUUAUUUUUAAUUACUAACAUGAUUACUAUGAGAGAUUAUGGGAAGUGGGAAAGUCAUGGAAGCAACAUUGGAUAUAAAGCAUCAAGAGAUAAGAAAGAAUUUGGUAAUAAACAACAGCUAAGCCCAGGCUGCAAAAGGCCUAGGAAGAAGAAAUUGAUGGUUCAAAGACACAUAAAUCUUAAUCAACUAAUGCAAGAAGACUGGGAACUUGCUGCUAUUUCCAAGAUUCUCCAAUUUACUUUCAGUCCUAACAUUAAACACACUUU